UGUUAUUACUUUUCUCUAUGGUUGGUGACUUGUGUUUUGUUUGGGACUACUUGGGUCGAUUUUUCAUCGAGCGGCAUCGAUUUUAUUAGAAGUUAGAAGGAACCAUUAUUUUGCAUUAAUUGGGGAUUACUUCAACGUAUCUCCGAAAUUAUGUCUCAGAAUUCUGAAAAACCGUCUUCAAACCAAGAUGUUGCUGAUCCUACAGGCCCUACGGCCCGUAAAGGUGUACUCAUUUCUUUUAGGACUGGGAAAACCAUGGAAAUUCCUGAAAAAGACAUACUCGGUAGAUGCAGAUUUGUUGGUGAAUUUGAAAAAUUAAAUCGCAUUGGUGAAGGCACUUAUGGUAUUGUAUAUAGAGCCAAAGAUAAGUUGAAUGGCAGCAUAGUUGCUUUGAAGAAAGUCAGAAUGGACGUGGAGAAAGAUGGUUUGCCUCUAAGUGGCCUCCGAGAGAUACAAGUUCUCAUGGCUUGCAGGCAUGAGAACAUUGUGCAGUUAAAAGAAGUACUUGUUGGGCGCUCCUUAGAAAGUAUUUUCCUUUCUAUGGAGUAUUGUGAACAAGACUUGGCGUCACUUCUAGAUAACAUGUCUUCACCGUUUACGGAGUCUCAAGUCAAGUGCCUGAUGCUACAGGUCUUGAAAGGGUUAAAAUACUUACACUCCAACUUCAUCGUACACAGAGAUUUAAAAGUCUCUAACUUACUCUUAACUGACAAAGGAUGUGUUAAAAUCGCUGAUUUUGGCUUGGCGCGGUGGCUGGGAGCGCCCGCGCGCUGCGCUACACCGCGCGUGGUAACACUGUGGUACCGAGCACCCGAGUUGCUGCUGCAAGCGCCGCGACAAACGCCAGCCCUCGAUAUGUGGGCGGCGGGCUGUAUUCUGGGAGAGUUGCUGGCCAACAAGCCGUUGCUGCCUGGGAGAACUGAGAUCGAACAGUUGGAGCUUAUUGUUGAUUUACUCGGCACACCGUCUGAUGCCAUUUGGCCAGAGUUCAGUUCUCUGCCGGCGCUGCAGAAUUUUACUCUGAAGCAGCAACCAUAUAACAACUUGAAGCAGCGUUUCCCCUGGCUGUCGGCUGCAGGACUACGACUACUCAACUUCCUCUUCAUGUAUGACCCCAACAAGCGGGCCACAGCUGAAGAGUGUCUGCAGAGCUCUUACUUCAAGGAACAGCCGCUGCCAUGCGACCCUAAGCUGAUGCCAAGCUUCCCGCAACACCGCAACAUGAAGGGAACUCAGAAGAGCUCGUCCAACCAGCUAAACAUCCCUCUAUCCAACCUGAACACUGGCGCGAAUGAUCAAACCAACAAUUUGCCUGCCAUUUCAGAUCUCCUAGGGUCUCUAGUCAAGAAACGCCGCUUAGAAUAGAAUAAUUAUGUCAUUGUUAAAGUAGGGGUAAGUUUGAAAAUAUAACCACGACUUAUCAAAAAUAAA